AUGGCUUCGAAUUUGACCACCUCAAUUCUUCCGCACACUGUCGUUCUAGACUAUGCACAGGCGGUGCUAGAGACAGACCAAUGGCUUGGAGCAGCAAAACGUCACAUCCUAGCUCACCCUUCGGCCGUGGGCCUCGCCAUUAUAUUGGGUAUAGUUGUAUAUGCUAUCUAUUCAAGUACAGCACGAUACUUGCGACUUAGUGCGUUCAGGGGCCCUCGAUGGGCAGCAUUUACACGCCUAUGGCUGUGCAAAACAAUAGCUUCCGGUGAAUCCGCGACUCGAUUUAUAAAGAUUAACCAGAAAUAUGGCCCCAUUGCUCGAAUUGGGCCCAAUCAUCUCAUUACCGACGAUCCAGAUUUCAUACGCAAAAUUCUCGCAGCUCGAUCGCAUUAUACCCGUGGACCGUGGUUUGACUCCAUUCGGAUAGACCCCGAAGUGCCGAAUAUUGUAUCUGAAAGGCAUCCUGGUAGACACAAUCACCUACGACAUCAGAUGUCCGGAGCAUACGCAGGAAGGGAUGUAGAGGGCCUAGAGGGUAUGAUUGAUGAACGUAUUCAAGAUUUUGUUGAAGUGAUUGAACGGAAAUGGCUCUCCGAUGCCAAUGGGACAAAUGUGUUUGACAUUGCCAAACGGGUCCAGUUCCUGGCUGUCGAUAUGAUUACCCAUCUUUGUUUUGGAAAGCCAAUGGGAUUCGUGAAGACGGAUAGCGACGUAUCCAACUUCUUGGAAACGAUUGAAUCCCAGCUGCCCAUUGUUCAGCAUUUCUCAGUUAUUAUUGAGAUUAAUGAUAUAUUGCACUGGUUGGUUGGCCUUCCUUUCAUGAGGAGGCUCAUAGUACCUUCAUCCAAGGACAAGAGUGGAAUCGGUAUCAUCAUGGGGAUCACCCGCAGUGAGGUCGAAGAGAGACAGCGAUCCAAAGGUGAACCGAAAAAGGAUAUGCUGACAUCCUUUAUGAAGCAUGGGCUGUCACCAAGUGAGGCGGAAACCGAACUAAUCAUCUCGCUGGUCGCGGGCUCCGAUACAACUGCAACCGCAAUUAGGGCCACUCUACUCGCUGUAGCGUCCAACCCUCAAGUAUAUGCUCGGUUGACUCAAGAAAUCUAUGAAGCAGAAGCUAGUGGGAAGAUAUCCUCGCCAAUUCGUGACCAGGAGGCGCGUCGUUUGCCAUACCUUCAGGCCUGUAUAAAGGAAGGCCUUCGUUGCUUCCCGCCUGUCGCCCAGCUGCGCGAACGCAUGGUCCCUGCUGGAGGAGAUACAUAUAACGGACAACAUAUCCCUGAAGGCACAUUCAUCGGCUUGAAUACCUGGGGUGUCCAACUAAACCCGGUGUUUGGUAACGAUGCUCAGGUGUUCCGGCCGGAGCGUUGGUUGAUUGACGACGAAGCGCGCCUGCAGGAGAUGUCGCGAGUCCAGGAGCUCAUUUUUGGGCAUGGAACGACGCGGUGUUUGGGUAUUCCCAUCGCCAUGAUGAAUUUAAACAAAGUGUUUCCAGAAACCGUGGACCAGUAUAUGUUAUGGUAUAUUCUUUCAGACGGAGAUGAACGUUAG